UUAAGAUGAAGUACUUUGAAUUUCUAAGCCUUUCGUCCGUGGGCCUCUGCAUAGCCUGUGGAGACAUGUUAUUAGCUCUGAGCAUACUGGGACCCUCGAGCUAUUACCUAUACCUCGAUUUCAUGGAUAUUGAGAAAUGGGAACAGGAUACCGAAGUGGAAGCUUUGACACCAAUUGGAACCUUCUUUUCCACAUUGGUCAACUAUCUGUGGGUGCGGGAGUUCUCGCAGGUUUUCUAUAUGACAGCAACGUUUAUAAUUUGGGUAAAGGCAAUGAUUAACCUAAUGGUGGCCUGUAUUCUUGUCGACGGCAUAAAGCAGAAACGUCUCGUAUGCAUUGCUCCCUGGUUGAUAAACUCAUGUCUAUCAAUGGUUGUUGAAACGGGCAUUUUUGUGAGUCUGGAGCUGAGAAUUGAUGAAGUUGAUGCCGCAGUGGAUCGUCGAAUAGCGAGAAGUCUAAUCUUUGGCGUAUUCAUAGUGCUAAACGCGUUAUUUUCGUAUGGUAUCUAUGCUCUUUAUCGCAAGCUAAAGUCUGUGCCCAGUGAGAAUGUUGAAGUCAUUCCCCAAAGUCCUCACACAUUUAAUGCCUGA